CCCUUUCUUUUUCCUUUUCUCAUUUUCUUCGGUUUCCCUCUCUCUCUCUCUCCCUCCCUCCCUUUUUACUUUUCAUCAUUGUUUGUUGAAGAAAGACUUUCAUUUGCAUUGGAGAGGUGGAGAAAGAGAGAAAAUACAAGGCUAAUUGAGAGGGAAAGAGGAAACAGAAGGCUAACCUUUCCGCUCUUUGGAUUUUGGGGUUCAAUUGAUUCUGAGGCGGAGAAGAGGAAGAAUAAGAAAUCGGAAAUGAAUGUGAUGCGUCGGCUUAAGAGCAUUGCUUCUGGCCGCUCCUCUGUUUCAGAUCCUUCUGGAGAUUCUGGAAUAAAGAGAGUAAAAAUUGAACAAGAGGCAGAUUGGAGGGUUGGUCUUGAAUCAGAGUCAGUUGAGAAAUGUACAACUGCUUCAGAACAAAAUAUGGCAUCAACAUCUGCAGAACCUGCUGCUAGCACAUCUAAAGUUGUGGCUAGGCCUGUAAAAUCGGGCUAUGAAGAACUUCCAAGAGAAAUGCAUGACAUGAAAAUUAGAGAUGAUAAAUCUGAUACCCAUGAGGACACUAUGAAGGAUAUGGAGCCUGCUAUUGUUAGUGGCAACGGAACAGAAACAGGCCAAAUAAUUGUGACUACAGCAGGUGGUCGAAAUGGAGAAGAAAAACAGACAUUGUCAUACAUGGCUGAGAGGGUGGUUGGCACUGGUUCAUUUGGAGUUGUCUUCCAGGCCAAGUGCCUGGAAACAGGUCAUUCUGUUGCCAUAAAGAAAGUGCUGCAAGAUAGGAGAUAUAAGAAUAGAGAACUGCAAAUAAUGCGCUUGCUUGACAAUCCUAAUGUAGUGCAAAUGAAGCACUGCUUCUACUCUACAACUGAAAAGAAUGAAGUGUACCUUAACCUUGUGCUGGAGUAUGUUUCUGAGACCGUCUACCGAGUUUCAAGACACUAUAGCAGAAUGAAUCAUCACAUGCCGACUAUAUAUGUUCAGCUGUAUACAUACCAGAUUUGUCGUGCGCUCAAUUACUUACACAGUGUAAUUGGUGUAUGCCACCGGGAUAUUAAACCUCAAAAUCUAUUGGUCAAUCCCCAUACUCAUCAGCUGAAGAUAUGUGAUUUUGGAAGUGCAAAGAUGUUGGUGCCUGGUGAACCAAAUAUAUCUUAUAUAUGCUCUCGUUACUAUAGAGCUCCAGAGUUGAUAUUUGGGGCAACUGAGUAUACUACUGCAAUUGACAUGUGGUCUGUUGGUUGUGUAAUGGCUGAACUGCUUCUGGGACAGCCUCUCUUUCCCGGAGAAAGUGGUGUUGAUCAGCUUGUGGAAAUCAUAAAGAUACUGGGAACCCCAACAAGGGAGGAAAUUAAGUGCAUGAAUCCAAACUAUAGUGAAUUUAAGUUUCCUCAGAUCAAAGCCCAUCCGUGGUACAAGGUGUUUCACAAAAGAAUGCCUGCAGAAGCAGUGGAUUUAGUUUCAAGGCUGCUUCAGUAUUCACCGUCUCUUCGCUGCACUGCUUUGGAGGCGUGUGCACACCCUUUCUUUGAUAGUUUGAGAGACCCAAAUGCCUGCUUACCAAAUGGGAGAGCCCUACCUCCAUUGUUUGACUUCACACCUCAAGAGCUCUCUGGUGCAUCUACUGAAUUACGAGAUCGUCUUAUUCCGUCACAUGCUAGGCAAUGAGUGUUUUUGGACUGCGGCUGUCCGUAGGCUUUGUAAAUGGGUUUUUGGAUGCUUACUUGCUCAUGCAGGGGUUAGUCCCCGGCUUAGUAAAACUGUCCCAACUUCGGCGGCUUGUGGAGUAUUUAUGUGGAAGGAGUGUAUUAAAGUCUAAUUGACCAUAUGUUUGGUUUUCGACGGAGGUGCUGACCAAGUUCUUCAUGGACUCGGCUAUGGGAAUUACUAGAUCAUCUAUAGUUUAAACAGCACACAUGGUUUGAUGCCUCAGCUGUGAUUAGAUGAGGAGAGUUUUCCCUGUUUGUUAUCAUGUUGUAGCAAUGUCUAGUUCGUCUGCGUUCAUGGGUAAGAGUGGUUGCACACGAACUGGAAUUACCUUGUUAAUGUAGGAUAUAUGCUGAAUGUAAUUUGUUUCGUCUACCUAUCAGUCUCUUGUUCUUUGUUA